CAAAUAAAAGCCACAGAAGAAGAAGAAGACUUACACAGGCUGAAAUGAACGUGAAUCGCUCAAUAAGAAAAAGUGAAUCGGGACUAAGUUCCGAGAUUUCAGGCCAACCAUAUAGCGUCUCAGUAUUGAAAGAGGGCUACUGCACAGCUGAAUCAGACGGGACGUUUAGAGCUGACGGCACUAUUUCUUUAAUUACCGGACCACAGACCAUUCUGGUAGACACCGGAGGUCCAUGGGAUCGAGACUUCCUGGUCGCGAAACUUAAGGAGAAGGGUCUGACACCAGAGAAUGUUGCUACAGUAGUCGGAACCCACGGUCACUCUGACCACGUGGGAAACUUGGGGUUGUUUCCAAACGCCAAAAUAAUCGUGGGGUGUGACAUUAGCGUUGGGGAUCGAUAUCUGCCUAACCAGCUGGCUGAGGGAGAGCCAUACCGUAUCGAUGAUUUUGUAUCAGUCAUUCCCACACCUGGCCAUAUGGGUAGAGAUGUCAGUGUCCAGGUGAAGGGGACAUCAGAGGGGACGGUCCUUGUUGCUGGAGACUUGUUUGAACGUUGCCAUGAUGAAGAUUCGUGGAAGGAGCUGAGCGAGAAUCCUCAGAUACAAGAGAGCAACCGACAAAUGGCGUUGCAGAUUGCUGAUGUGAUCAUUCCUGGACACGGGCCAUUAUUUAGAGUGCACAGGGAAUAAUGGCAUUGACUCCUAAACUUGUUAUUGAGCAAUUAUGAAGCCUUGAUCACAGAGAACACAUUUAUUUAUAUCAACAGUCUUAAGGCAUUUAAAAAAAAUUAGAUUUUAAAAUAGGGCCUUGGUGUUGACAAUGUACACCUACUGUAGGUGUGAAAUGAGUUCAUUUAUCAGUGUUGACCAUGGCUUCAUACUUCAGUCUUAGUUUUUCAGUUUACUCGUAUUGAGUGCUCAAGGCAGUGACACACUUGCUUAGGUUAUUUUUAGGCUAAUCUUGUUUUUAGAUCAUGUGACAAAAAAUGGCUAUGGAAGAUACGAUUGUCGUCAUAUGCUGUAAUUCAGCAGUAAAUGAGGUCAAAGAUGGGACUUUGACAAAAAGAGUCUGCGGAUGGACAUUUUAUGUGUGGCAUCUUAAUGCUUUAUGAAGAGUUACACAAUAGGCAAUUAAAUAAAGUUAUCAAGAGUAGCAACAAGCAAUCUAAGACCAUUUGCAUGAUUUUUAUAAUUUUAUAUAUUUUUAUGUGACCUAAAUGUUAAAUCAUAGCCUGUCAAAAUAUGUGCUUUGAUAAUUUUGUGUCAAUAUAAAUAUGAUUUACAGCAUUUUACUAUGUUUGCAUGUGUUUUUGUUCUCAUCCUCAGCCCAAACCUUCUUUAGGACCUGCAGCAUCAGCUUAAGAAUGAAUGCUUAUUCAUGUAGUACAGAACAUUCACUCUGCAUGAGUGCUGUCAAAAAUAAUGGAUGUAAAUUGCUUUUAAAUGUUAUAGUAAGUGUUUACUCGCUGAGCUAUUGCUUUACAACAUUUUACAUUUUGGAGGUCAGGAAUGUACUUUACCUGACUUUAAGAUCAGGUAAAUUUCAUUAAUGUCAAAAAUACCCCAAUACCCAAUAGGUUUGACAUGCUGUUUUUAUAUGGAAUAAAAUUAUGCAAAUAUCUGA